AUGACGCAUCUACUUCCACCGCCCCUGCUGCGGCUGUUUGCGCCGCGCCCGCCGCUGGAGUACGCGAAACCGCUCCCGGGUGACAAGGAUCCUAAUGCUCGUCCCGCACCGCGAGGCGUCCAGCAGGUGGAGCAAGGCAAGAUCCGUCCCCUAGAAGGUGUGGCGGCGUUUCUCGAGCGAGCACGGCAGGAAAUCAGUCAGCACCCCACAGACACGGCAGAAGAGUCGGAUGCGGUGGUCACACAAACAGAAAUGCGACGUGAGGCUCGUGCGAAGGAGCGUGCGGAGACGCAGAAGCGCAUGAUGGACACAUACCGGCCCAAAGAAGAUACCCACGCGGCAGGCGACCCAUUCAAGACGCUCUUUGUGGCGCGCCUGUCAUAUGAUACCACAGAGCGUGAGCUGGCGCAUGAAUUUGAGAGAUACGGGCGCAUUGAAGAUAUCCACUUGGUACGUGACAAGCACGGCCGGAGUCGAGGGUAUGCGUUUCUGCUAUUUGAUCGUGAGCGAGAUAUGCGGACGGCCUAUUCGCGUGCUGAGGGCGUGCACAUUGAUGGACGUCGCGUGCUCGUGGAUGUCGAGCGCGGGCGCACCGUGUCGGACUGGAAGCCCAAGCGACUGGGCGGGGGCCUGGGAGGCCAAUCGCGCAAGCCCAAGCAAAAGGUGGUGGUAGACUUGACGCGGGGACCACGCGGCUAUGGCGGAUUCCGCGGCGGACGCGGCGGUGGAUUCCGCGGACGUGGUCGUGGACGUGGUGGAUUCCGCGGCGGCGGCGGCGGUGCUCGCGACAGCGGCCGUGAUCGCAGCUACGGCGGCGACCGCUUCAGUCGCCCGCGCGAUCACAGUUACCGUGAUAGAGAUGGUCUGCACGAUGGGAGUGGCGGCUCGCUGUCGUACGGUGCACCGAUGCGCACGUACGACGACCGCGCUCCCAAGCGCAUGCGGUACGAUGCAUGGCCGUAG